GCGCCACCCCGCGCUCACGUUGCGGCGUCCCAGGCUGCGGCGGUGGAGGCGGAGGAGGUUUGCAGCAGUCGCAGCGUCCAUGGCAGGUCCCCUGUGGCGGGCCGCAGCGUUUGUGCAGAGACAUAGGACAGGCCUAUUGGUGGGUUCCUGUGCAGGCCUGUUUGGGGCCCAGAUCUUGUACCACCUCUUCCCAGAUCCGGUGGUUCGAUGGCUGUACCAGUACUGGCCUCAGGGCCAGCCAGCCCCGCUCUCCCCGAAGCUUCAGAGACUUUUCCAAGAGGUGCUGCAGGACGUUGGCGUCCCGUCGGGCCAUUGCUACAAGGCCUUCACCGCUUUCACCUUCCAGCCGGUGAGUGCUGGCUUCCCAAGACUCCCUGCUGGGGCCGUGGUGGGCAUCCCCGCCAGCUUCCUGGGUGACUCAGUGACCAACACUGACCGCCCUGUGAUUGUACACGGGCAAAGAGUGGACUGGAAAAGCCCAGAAGGUACCCGGCUGAGAGACGCCCUGACCCUGUCCCAUGAUGCCCAGAAGUUUGCCUUGGCCAGGGAGGUGGUGUACCUGGAGAGCGGUACAGUUGCCCUGCAGGCCCUGCCGGCCCCAGCUUGUCUGGCAGGCACUUGGACACUGGGCAUAAGUGCCAAGCAUGCCCUGGGGCUCUAUGGAGGCCCCAUGAACUUCAGAGUUGCCUUCAACCUGGUGGCGGCAGUGGUAGGCUUUGUGGCUUACGCCUUCUCCACAGACUCUCUCACUCAUGCCCUGGAAGCCUGGCUGGACCGCCGCACAGCUUCCAUGUCUGCAGCCUAUUCCCAGGGUGGAGUGGAGUUCUAUGAGAAGGUUCUGUCUGGCAACCUGGCCCUGCGCAGUCUCUUGGGUCCACCCGGAGAGAAGCUGUAUACGCCCAGUGGGAACAUCGUCCCCCGACAUUGGUUCCGCAUCAAACAUUUACCCUACACGGCCCGCCGGGAUUCCAUGCUGCAGAUGUGGAGGGCGACUCGCAACCCAGGCCACUCCUGAGGGGUUCAUCCCACGGACAGUUCCAGUUCGUGCAGGCACAACCCUGCCAUUGACCCUGGGGGCUCUCCACACCCACAGCCCAAUGUUUUUGGAAUCAGGCAGCCUGGAUUCUACCUCAACCCACCUCUUAUGAUCUGAGCGACCUUGGGCACAUCCCUUUAUGAAUCUGAGCCUUGGUUUACUCCACUGUAAAAUGGGGAUGAUGUACACUUCUGGCAGGAUUGUGGGGUCCUCUGGCAAAAGGGGUGUGGCAUAAAUAAAUGGGAUGUCCCUCCUUCUAGGUCUUUGAAACCUGUAGACUGUGGGGAUGAGGUAAUACAUAUCUCACCACCAGAGGUGCUUGCAGGAUGUGAACACUCCUACAGCGAAGAACCACCCGUGGUUUGCCUGUUGGUCAGAUCCCAGUUUCCUUCUGUGGUAGAGAUUAAAAGCUUUGAGAGGGUGCCCAGCCAGUGUGGUUGAGCAUCGACCCAGGAACCAAGAGGUCACCAGUUUGAUUUCCAGUAAGGGUACAUGUCCGGGUUGCAGGCUCAAUCCCCAGUAGGAGGUGUGCAGGAGGCAGCCAAUUGAUGUUUCUCUCAAUAUUUCUAUCUCCCCCCUCU